GGUUUUACUGAAGUGUAAGAGAAAGCAAAAGGACCACUGACUGAACUCCCAUGAGUGCCCUCCUCUCCUAUGGAGGCUAGCAAGAGGGAAUUGGAGAGAGAAACAGGAUUGGACCACCAGGAAUGGAGCCUACAGGAAGUCAGCUGGACUCGGGGUCCCUCAGCCUGACCUGGCCUUCCAGUGGACCAAUGGAUAUUGCAGGAAGCGCUCAGAGGCUUGAGGUAGCCUCGCUCACAGGCUGCACCCGAGCGCGGACGCCUAUUGGCCAGCGAUGCUGGACUUCGACCAACGCCCCACCCCCGUCGUCACGGCGACCAGGCAAGCUAAAGACCGCCGUAGUGGAAGGAGGGCGACGCUCCGGACUGCAGGUGACCAUGGCGCAGAACCUGUACGGUCCGCGAGUCCGGAUGGGAAACUGGAAUGAGGACGCCUAUCUAGAGGAGGUCAUGCAGCUGUCGGUAUCUGAAGACGGAUACAUUCACUAUGGCGACCAAGUGAUGCUGGUGAAUCCUGACCACCCAGAGCGGGAAGAAGCUGGUGUGUUUCUGGGCGGGGACCUGAGCCUGUGCAUGACUCCAGAUGAAAUGCACGCCCACCUGAGUGACGAGCUGCAGCUGCCCUGCGGCUUGAGUGCCGCGCAGGCCAUAGCCCCAGUGGGCAGAAGCACGUUUGUCGUUCUGAGUGUAGGCAGAGAUGCCACCGGCCAAGUCCUUAGGUACGGGCAGGACUUUUGCCUUGGGAUAACAGGAGGAUUUGAAAACAAGAUGCUGUAUUUAUCCAGUGACCACAGGACCCUCCUGAAGUCAGCCAAGAAGUCCUGGCUGCAGGAGGUGCACCUGACGGAUGAGCUGUCACACCUGGCCAGGUGGCAGGCCACCUUCCUCGACCCCCAGCUGCGCUUGGAGCACGAGGGCCUCCCGGUCCAGGCAAAUGAAAAAAUUCUCAUCUAUCACUGUCACACGAAUCAAGCCCUGGCUGUCCACCGGCAGCUUUUCUUAAGGACCUAUUUUGGGAAGGAGGCUGAGGUUGCUGCUCACACACAUCUGGAUUCACACAGAGCUGAGAAGCCAAAGAACUACUGGAUGUUGGUCACUGGGAAUCCCACGGAUGCCUCGUCCACCAUGCUGGGCCUGCGUAGACAGUCAGCGGAGGACGCUGGAGCUGUAGAGCCAGCUGUGGUCCGUCACCCGCAAUGACAUGCCAGGCACAUGUGUGAAAUGGGCUCAACUCUAUCAGAUGUGGCUGUAAAGGUCAUUGCCAGUCUCCGUCCUACCCUGAGCUGUUCUGGAGCCUGACCCACAGCAGGUCCUACCAGGACAGUUCCUUCAGAGAGCUGUCCGUAAUAAAGUGUUCCCCUCCACUAUGCAUUGCUGAGUAGCUGUGGACUGAGCUUCACCUUUUGGCAUUAAAAACUUCCCUCCGUGGGAAGUGUCCUAUUGUUUCUACUUCUGGCUUAGUUCCUCCACCUCAUGGGGAACCUCUUGUUGUAUAAUAAUGAGCUUCAGAUUCCAGAGGACCUUCACUGCUGCUUUUGAGUCUGGCACAUUCACUGCAUGACUGUAUGAUUGGAAGGUCCCCUGCACGGUGAAUACGGAUCCUUCUGUUUCUUUGCGCCUCUGAUUUAUGAGGUGUUGUAAUAGGGUGGGAGGGGUAGGUUGC